CUUAGGUACGCGCGUAACACCGUAACAACUAACAACCAAAAACGAACAACGAAUUAUCUGAAAUCAACAUCAACAUCAACAUCAACAUCAACUUCACCUUUGAAUAAAAAAAAAACAUCAUUAUCAAUCAAAUUCCACUCAAUUCAAUCAAGUCUCUUCAAUUGUAUAUCCCGUGAAAUGUUUCUAUUAUGACAGAUGCGACCUACUGGGAAUUUUCCCAUUACCCUGUCGAUCAAUAAAAUCCCUGUUUGCGCUUUGCGCAUCCUACCUCUCACCCUACGAUUUCGAUCCGCCAUGUCGACAACCGAUGUGUUCCUGUCGUCUCCCGCACCCCCUGCAAGGGUUGAUGAUUCCUAUGAUAUGUCCUCCUCACCUAAUCUACCUCCUUUAAACGAGAUAUUCUCCAAACAUCCCAAGCCGCCACCUUUACGAAGUGGGAGCCGUGCGCCACCAAUACCCGAUGAUGCCCGUACCACCUUUACCACCACCGCCGCCAUCGUACUGCGGGAAGCGCCUGAGAUCGAUAUAGAGACCGAACAAAUUACCUAUUCACCACCACGAAAAUCCCAACCCACCAAAACCAAGAAGGGCAGAACUCUAACGCCAGAGAAUGCUAGUGUACCUAUAGAUUCGCCUAUUCUAGUUGAAUCAUCGCAAGAAAAGCCGUGGCAAAAGUUCAAGAGCAAGAAGUCAACCUCACAGAGCGAGCAGCUGCCUAUUUCGAAAACUAGCGUCACUAAGCAAACGAGCAAAGGUAAACAAAAGGCGAAGACGGGGACUGUUUCUAAGCACUUUCCUGCGAAAGAAGGCGUCGGAAAACGGGCGGAUGAGAAAUCGGAGAAUGCUACCAUAGCACAGAAUAUAGAUGACCGAAUCACAAAUGAUCUUAACUGCGCGGAACCUGCUUUGAGACGGCGAAGAGACUGGACCCCUCCGCCCCCGAAUGAUCCUAUUCUUUUGGAGUCUGAAUCGGAUAAUCGGGAGCUGCUCUCAUCUGUCGACCGGGGCACUAGUUCGAGGGACGUAUUCGGUACACUUCAGGAUCGGUACGGAUGCAAGGAUACUGCGUCAUCUACUACGUCGGGGCGGUCGCAGCAGACGAAUGUGUUGGAGAAGCGGAAGCCGAUCAGACUCGUUUCGACUAGUAUCGAGAAAGAGCAGCAACCGAGGGAUGCUUCCCCAACUAAGGCGGUUAACACUAAGAAGAAGACGAGGACGAUCACAGAAUUGGCGACUGCGCCUUAUAUGCCCAUAAUGGCUCCUGAACUUGACCUUACAGGCCCAGCAACAAAGGAAUCGUUACUAAGCUAUUUCGAUGAGGAUGGUGCUGUCAAGGCGCUUGUUGAUCAACAAACCAAUGUCAUGACGCAGAAGAAAGGCAAGGCUAAAGAACCUAAAGCACCGGCAAAGUCUAAGCGCAAGAAGAAGUCUGGUACAAUAGAUAAUCCAAUCUUAUUGUCUCCAAACUCUGCAUUGAAGCAAUCCUCCAAUCAAGACUUUGUUUUUGGAACAUCGAGCCAGUUGGUUAGAGAAGACUCGCCCACAAUUCUUAGAGAUCUUCAAUUGGCAAUACAAGCCUCAAACCAAGUUGAUUCUGACCCUUUCGCCGAUUCCGAUAGUCAAGGGCUCUGGCAUGCUGGUGCAAGAGAUACCGACGGUGAAUUAAUGAAAGUAGAUGAAGUUGAGCUGGUUACAGGUUUACCAUCAUUCUCCCGACCCCAAAAAUUAAAACAACAUUCUGAUGAUGGAUUUAUUGAUAUCAACGACGUGUUGAAGUCGUCAGAAAUUGACGAAUCAGGAGGAAAUGCCCUACAACUAAAUCCCGACCCUCAAUUCCAAGAUAUACAUAGCGCGCAGCCCCCGCGAGUCAACAGUGAAGACCGUACAGAUGUCGCCGCAGAGGCUAGUAAUCCACGUCCGGAUUUUGAGUUUCUCAACGACGCGCAACUUGCUAGCCAAAUUGCGUCCUACGGGUUUAAACCAGUCAAAAAACGUCAAGCUAUGAUUGCGCUUUUGAACCAAUGUUGGGUUAGUAAGAACCCUGGAGUUUCUCUGGCUCACGCCAAUUCAAUCUCUACUACGUCCGCCUCAUCUGCCCCCAAGAGGAAGCAGGCCACUACUACUAUCACCCAACCCGAAAAUCCUCCCAAGCGACGGGGCCGCCCAAGGAAGGAUUCCGCAUCAAAAACUGAAGCUGAAGCUUCAACGGCGAAAGCCUCGACAACUAAAGCAGCUAGAGCAGCUAAAGCGACUACCACGAAAAAGCCACGUUCGCCCCGAAAGAAGAAUGCAGCCGUAAAAUCCAUCGAGAUCGCGGAUUCCGACGUGGAGGGCUCCGUAUUAUCGUUCUCGUCUCCUUCUAGGGCUUCCUCACCAGAUUACGACCGGAUAUUCUCCUCCCCGCCGGCGGUCGACCUCUCGCUCUCCGAGGACGCUGACAUGUCGCUCGCGCUGGCGCCCACGGACCAGCAGGCCGACCUGUUCCGGCAGAUCACCAAGGCCGUAACGUCGGCGCCCCGCUCGCAGGACCCCGCGAACCCCUCCUGGCACGAGAAGAUGUUGCUGUACGACCCGAUCAUCCUGGAAGAUCUGGCCGCGUGGCUGAACGCGGGGGCUCUGGGUAAAGUAGGGUACGAUGACGAGGUCUCCCCUGAGGACGUGAAGAAGUGGUGCGAGUCUAAGAGCGUGAUUUGCCUCUGGAGGGUGAACACGCGGGGGAAGGAGAGGAAGAGGUAUUGAGUUCGUGGUUCGGGGUAGCACUUUGUAUAUACCUUAGGUACCUACUGUCGAUAGUCGCCGGUGUUCAUAACUUAUUGUACCGAAGUUUAGAGUUACUCGCCAAAUACCUAGAAGAGUUUUCAUAUCUUCAAAAUCGAGCUUGUGAUACUUGUUUGGCAAGGGGAAGUUCUCGGGAGACAUAACUAUUCUCGUCGCCCCGCCUGUGUGAAUAGAUCCGGUGACAUGACAUAUUGGUUUCAGCGGCAUAGAUUGGAAUUAAUUGAAAAUAUAUUCGUCUACCCGAAUAAGG